GUGCACAUUUCAGAUCUCCUGCAACACCCGGCAGUCUCCCAGCUUCAGCAGAAGGACGACAGGCACCAUGAAGAUGCAGAUUUUGCUGCUGACCCUUGUACUCGGUCUGGUUUGUGCAGACCAGGUACCUGUACUUGAGAACGACGUGCUGAUUUCAAUUCAAUUGAACACUCUUCAGAUCGCAUCCUCUAACAAAGGGAAGAUAACGAAUGAGGGGCCAUUCCAAGCUUAUGCCCGUCAAGUUGAACUGAACCCACAAAACGGCAAAAUCUUCUUCACAUUCUAUGUCAAGGAAAAUGGAGUAUGUGUACAAAAACUGGCCGAGGGAACAAAAGUAGAAGACAAUGUUUACCAGGUUACCUAUUCCGGUGAAAAUGUAUAUAAAAUUCUCUAUAAGGAUGAAAAUGCUAUGAUCGCAGAGAUAAAUAACAAGGAUGCGGAAGGCGUGGAAACGAACAUAAUUGUAUUGUAUGGCAAAGAAAGUGAUAUUAGUGAGAAAGCCGUGGCAAAGUUCAGGAAGAUAACGGCAGACCUGGGAAUUCCAAAAGAUAAUAUCGUCAAUAUCAUCAGUUCUGACGACUGUCCUGCGAUUUAAUGAAAACAGGAUGCACAACCUCUCAGUGGUUAAUGCCCCUGAGAACCGGUACAACGUCUCCCCCAUGGAAUCAGGACCAGAAGAUGAAGAGAACAUCCCUUGCGUCUGCACUACGUCACCUCUCUCUGCCCAUAAGCGAGCCCCGUUUCCCAUCUCAUCUCUGUCACAACCACUCCUGUCCUGCUUGGUGCAGUUGGAUUUCUGAAAGCUUAAAUAAACUGAUUUAAGAUAGCAACUGCA